UACAGCGGGGCAUCCAACACCCCGCAACCAUGCAGGCCGGCGCGACUGCCCGAGAUCCCGGGGCAUCACCACUUAGACUAUAAAGGCAGGUUGGGACUGGCAAACGAAGGCGUCAAGAGCGAUUUCUGUGAUAUAUCCUUCCUCCGGAAUCUCUGCUUUACAGCGUGCCGUUCGGACUGAGUCCCGGAACCACAACCACAAUGUCGAAACCAGACAACCUUCCCGAGAUGGAAUACCGCUUCCUGGGCCGGUCCGGCCUGCAGGUGUCGGCCAUCUCUCUGGGCGGGUGGCUUACUUACGGCGGCCACGUCGAUCGCGAGGGGACCUACGCUUGCAUGAAGGCUGCCUAUGACUGCGGUGUCAAUUUCUUCGACUGCGCCGAAGGGUAUGCCGAUGGCGAGUCGGAGAAGGUCAUGGGGGAGGCCAUCAAGAAGUUUGGGUGGAAGCGGAACGACAUCGUCAUUUCGACCAAGCUCUACUGGGGCGAUGCCUUCAGUGACAAGAAGGUCAACACCAGGGGUCUGUCACGGAAGCACAUCAUCGAGGGAAUGAACAUGUCCCUCGAGAGACUGCAACUGGAGUAUGUCGACCUGAUUUAUGCUCACCGCCCGGACCGGCACACGCCCAUGGAAGAGACGGUGCGCGCCUUCAACCAUCUGAUCAACACGGGCAAGGCGCUGUACUGGGGAACGUCCGAGUGGAACGCCGAUGAGAUUGCGCAAGCGUGGCGCUAUGCCGACAAGCUCGGCCUAAUCGGCCCCGUCAUGGAACAACCGCGGUACAACAUGCUUGAGCGCAUCCAGGUCGAGAGGGAGUACGCGCACCUGUAUCGCGAAGUCGGCCUCGGUUUGACCGUCUUCUCUCCGAUGCGGCAGGGCAUCCUGUCCGGCAAGUACAAGAACGGCAUCCCGGAGGGAUCUCGCUUCGCCCAGACGCAGGUCGAGUUCAUUGCCGGAUUCUGGAAGCAGACGGGCAGGGCCGAGUUCCAGGCCAUGGCCGACACGGUCAGCAAGCUGGAGCCCAUCGCCGAGCGGCUCGGCAUCAAGCAGAGCGUGCUGGCCCUGGCGUGGGUGCUUGCGAACCCCAACGUGAGCUCUGCCAUCACGGGCGCCAGCAGUCCGGCGCAGGUCUAUGAGAACAUCGAGGCGGUGCGGGCGUACAAGAAGUUGACGCCCGAGAUCAUGAAGGAGAUUGACGACAUCCUGAACAACAAGCCGCCCGCUGUUACCAUGAGAUAUUAACAAAGCCGGAACAGAAUUGAAAUAUGUAAGACGAUGUUCGUGACAUCCAUAACCGUACUGAUGGGACUUUUGACGACACUGCGUGGCGUAUUGAACAUUGAGUUUUUCAGCAAUCAUCAGGCGAUUUGCGCAAGAGACAGCCCACCAUGACAGGUUCCUGGAACGAUGCACCUCCUUUCC